ACUGGAGACAUGGACAGCAAUAGGGGUGGGGGAUGACAGAGGAAGGAAAGACUGGAGACAUGGACAGCAAUAGGGGAGGGGGGAUGACAGAGGAAGGAAAGACUGGAGACAUGACGCUGCAAACGAGAGAGGAAGAGUUACAGAAGGCAAAUAGCGAAUUAUUUUCGCGUGUGCAGGAGGCAUGGGGACCUUAGAUCCCCCACAGCACCAGGUUCAGGGACAGUUACUAAUCCUCAUCUCUCAGGAAGGAGGUACAGGAGCCUCAGGUCCUACACCACCAGGGUUCAGGAACAGUUAUUACUCCUCAACCAUCAGGAAGGAUGUACUGGAGCCUCAGGUCCCACACCACCAAGUUCAGGAACAGUUAUUCUUUCUCAACCAUCAGGAAGGAGGUACAGGAGCCUCAGGUCCUCCACCACCAGGGUUCAGGAACAGUCAUUAUGCCUCAACCAUCAGGAAGGAGGUACAGGAGUCUCACGUUCCACACCACCAGGUUCAGGAACAGUUAUUAUCCGUCAACCAUCAGGAAGGAAGUACAGGAGCCUCAGGUCCCACACCACCAGGUUCAGGAACGAUUAUUACCCCAUCAACUAUCAGGAAGGAGGUACAGGAGCCUCAGGUUCCACACCACCAGGUUCAGGAACAGUUAUUAUUUCUCAACCAUCAGGAAGGAGGUACAGGAGCCUCAGGUCCCACACCACCAGGUUCAGGAACAGUUAUUACCCCUCAACCAUCAGGAAGGAGGUACAGGAGCCUCAGGUCCUACACCACCAGGGUUCAGGAACAGUCAUUACGCCUCAACCAUCAGGAAGGAGGUACAGCAGCCUCAAGUUCCACACCACCAGGUUCAGGAACAGUUAUUAUCCCUCAACCAUCAGGAAGAAGGUACAGGAGCCUCAGGUCCCACACCACCAGGUUCAGGAACGAUUAUUACCCCAUCAACUAUCAGGAAGGAGGUACAGGAGCCUCAGGUUCCACACCACCAGGUUCAGGAGCAGUUAUUAUCCCUCAACCAUCAGGAAGGAGGUACAGGAGCCUCAGGUCCCACACCACCAGGUUCAGGAACAAUUAUUAACCCUCAACCAUCAGGAAGGAGCUACAGGAGCCUCAGGUCCUACACCACCAAGGUUCAGGAACAGACAUUACGCCUCAACCAUCAGGAAGGAGCUACAGGAGCCUCAGGUCCUACACCACCAGGGUUCAGGAACAGUCAUUACGCCUCAACCAUCAGGAAGGAGGUACAGGAGCCUCAGGUCCCACACCACCAGGUUCAGGAACAGUUAUUAUUUCUCAACCAUCAGGAAGGAGGUACAGGAGCCUCAGGUCCCACAUCACCAGGUUCAGGAACAGUUAUUACCCCUCAACCAUCAGGAAGGAGGUACAGGAGACUCAGGUCCUACACCACCAGGGUUCAGGAACAGUCAUUACGCCUCAACCAUCAGGAAGGAGGUACAGGAGCCUCAAGUUCCACAUCACCAGGUUCAGGAACAGUUAUUAUCCCUCAACCAUCAGGAAGGAGGUACAGGAGCCUCAGGUCCCACAUCACCAGGGUUCAGGAACAGUCAUUACGCCUCAACCAUCAGGAAGGAGGUACAGGAGCCUCAAGUUCCACAUCACCAGGUUCAGGAACAGUUAUUAUCCCUCAACCAUCAGGAAGGAGGUACAGGAGCCUCAGGUCCCACACCACCAGAUUCAGGAACAAUUAUUACCCCAUCAACUAUCAGGAAGGAGGUACAGGAGCCUCAGGACCCACACCACCAGGUUCAGGAACAGUUAUUACCUCUCAACCAUCGUGAAGGAGGUACAGGAGCCUCAGGACCCACAUCACCAGGUUCAGGAACAGUCACUACGCCUCCGCCAUCAGGCUCCUGAACCAGCGUUGACAACUUCACUCACCUCAACUCCCAACUGACUCCACUGCCAAUAAACUUAAGAACUCUAAAACGCAUCUUCCCAAUAUUAUUUGUUACUCGUUUACCUAGCAUUAUAUUUCUCUCCCUCUCUCUCUGUCUCCCUCUCGCUCUCUCUCUGUUUCUCCCUCUCUCUCCCCUCACUCACUCUCUCUCUCACUAUCUCUCUCAUUCUCUCUCUCACUCUAUCUUUCUCACUCUCUCUCACUCUCACUCUCUCUCUAUCUCUCUCUCUCAUUCUCUCUCACUCUCUCUCUCACUAUCUCUCUCAUUCUCUCUCUCACUCUAUCUUUCUCACUCUCUCUCACUCUCACUCUCUCUCUAUCUCUCUCUCUCAUUCUCUCUCACUCACUCACUCUCUCUCUUACUCUCUGACUCUCUCUCACUCUCUCUCUCUGUCUAUAUCUCUCUCUCAGUCUCUCUCUCACUCACUCUAUCUAUCAUUCUCUCUCUCACUCACUCUCUCACUCACUCACUCUCUCUCUCUCAUUCUCUCUCUCACUCACUCUCUCACUCACUCACUCUCACUCUCUCUCUCUCUCUCAUUCUCUCUCACUCAGUCACUCUCUCUCUUACUGUCUGACUCUCUC